AUGCUAGAUAAUAUACUUGAUAACUCUGGUAUAGGAGCCACUAUUGCACAUAUUCAGGGUGCUAAUGCUAGAGCUAUAACAAAUGUAGUUGCUUCUUUUCUAAACGUUCUACUUGGACUUACAGGUGUACAAAUUAUUCUAGCUCGAAAUGUUGCUAAAGAUUGGAUGGUAGCAGGAGGGUAUUCAACUAAUGUUGUACCAGUUGCACCAAAUGCUGGAGGAGGUAAUUCUAUUGUUCUUGCAGGAGUUCGAUCAGGACAAAGGCUUCAUCAAAUAAAAAAACAUUAUCUAACUACUAAUAAAUAUGUAAAAAUGUUAGAAAUUAGUGUAUUAAAACAAGGUGCAUAUGAGACUGUACCUUCAUUCUGGGCUAAAAUUCAGAAAUAUGGUGAUCAACUCGGUUAUAUACCAGCACAGAAGAAAACCUAUUUCUUAUCAAGAGUUAGAUCUGAUAUCAGAGAUGAAAUUUAUAGGAUCGAUCAAACAAAACCUAUUAAUGAUAUUAUUGAUAGUUUGGCAGAACUUGAAUUAC